AGGCCAGAACCAGCAGUACCACUGACCAACUCAAAUCAGUAAGAUGAAAACGAGCUAGUUUUCGCUGGGUGCAUUUUACCUCUCCAAGAAAAUACUUACUUUUUGAAGUCCGGACUACCUGCGUCGAUCUGUUUGGACGAUUCUCGUACGAAAGAUUCCACUCCUAGUCGAAACGUGAUUGCAAGUUUUGCGUUGCACCAGUGUGUUACCGUGAUUAGUACAACAGUUUUGUGAUUCAAGUACAAUUAUAUUAGUGAAAAUCGUUGAUACCGAGAAUCUCGCAUCAAGAUGCCGCAGGUCAUUGAAGUUUAUACCCCACUACCAACCAACUUUGGGUGCACCCCGAAGUUGCGCACCGUCCCGAAGCCGGUCAACGCAAUCCGUGGCGUACCGGUGGUGAACGGUGAGCUUGGCCAACUAUCGGCCAAGAUCCGUGCCUUCCUCGAGGAUUCGGUCGGCCUUUGCCAACCUGAUCGCGUCCACAUCGUGGACGGUGGGGACAAGGAGAGUGCGACCCUACUGGCCACCCUCCAGGCCCAGGGAACGAUCCAACCGUUGCCCAAGUAUGAGAACUGCUGGCUUGCGCGCACCAACCCGGCCGAUGUGGCCCGUGUCGAGUCGAAGACGUUCAUCUGUACCGAGCGCCGCGAGCAGGCCAUUCCCACGCCGAAGGAUGGCGUCAAGGGAACGCUCGGUAACUGGAUCGCUCCGGCCGAGUACGAGGCCGCGAUCCGGGCGCGCUUCCCGGGCUGCAUGAAGGGACGCACCAUGUACGUGGUGCCAUUCUCGAUGGGACCGAUCGCAUCGCCGCUGUCCAAGUUUGGUAUCGAAGUUACCGAUUCGGCGUACGUCGUGUGCUCGAUGCGCGUCAUGACCCGCAUGGGACGGGAAGUGCUGGAAAAGCUGGCGGACAACUCGGACUUUAUCAAGUGUCUCCACUCGGUUGGAACUCCGGCCAACGGCAAGAUCGCCAUGCCAUCGUGGCCGUGCGAUCCUGAGCGCACCAUCAUCCUGCACAAGCCGGCCAACAACGAAAUCGUCUCGUACGGAUCGGGCUACGGCGGCAACUCGCUGCUUGGUAAGAAGUGCUUCGCUCUGCGUAUCGGAAGCACCAUUGCCCAGCGCGAAGGAUGGCUCGCUGAGCACAUGCUGAUCUUGGGCGUCACCGAUCCCAACGGUGUGAAGAAGUACAUUGCCGCCGCUUUCCCGUCCGCCUGCGGAAAGACCAACCUGGCCAUGAUGAAUCCCACCCUUCCGGGGUACAAGAUGGAGUGCGUUGGGGAUGAUAUCGCGUGGAUGAAGUUCGACUCGAAGGGUCAGCUGCGUGCGAUCAACCCGGAGAACGGAUUCUUCGGAGUUGCUCCCGGAACGUCAACGGAAACCAAUCCGAACGCCAUGCAGACCGUGUACAAGAACACGAUCUUUACCAACGUGGCCGCCACCUCGGACGGUGGUGUCUUCUGGGAAGGCAUGGAAAAGGAAAUUGAUCCCUCCGUUGAAAUCACCGACUGGUUGGGCCAGCCGUGGAAGAUGGGUGAAAGCAAAACUCCAGCCGCUCACCCGAAUUCCCGGUUUUGUUCGCCCGCCAGCCAGUGUCCGAUCAUCGAUCCGGCCUGGGAAGACAAUGCCGGAGUCCCAAUCUCCGCCAUCCUCUUUGGAGGUCGUCGUCCAGAGGGUGUCCCCCUGGUGUAUGAAGCCAACUCGUGGUCCCACGGAGUCUUCCUCGGCUCGGCCAUGCGCAGCGAGACAACUGCAGCGGCAGAACACAAGGGCAAGAUGAUCAUGAACGAUCCGUUCGCGAUGCGUCCCUUCUUCGGGUACAACUUCGGUGACUACCUGAAGCACUGGCUCAGCAUGGAGGAACGCGCUGCCAAGCUCGGCGGACACGUUCCCAAGAUCUUCCACGUAAAUUGGUUCCGCAAGGAUGCCAACGGAAAGUUCCUGUGGCCCGGGUUCGGCGAGAAUACCCGCGUUCUGGAGUGGAUCCUUCAUCGUAUCGAUGAUCACGAGUGCUACCGGGAAACCCCGAUUGGUCGAGUUCCAAGUAGCUUGAAUCUUACCGGACUGAGCGGCACAAUCAACGAGAAGGAACUGUUCUCGAUACCGAAGCAGUUCUGGUUGAAGGAAGUUGACGACAUCAAGCAGUACUAUGACAACCAGCUGGCCCAAGAUUUGCCGGCGGAAAUCGCCAAAGAACUGCACGAGCUCAAGGGUCGUGUUGAGCAAAUGUAGACCACUAGUAGAUAAGAGACUCACGUAUUACUUUUAAUUAGUUUAAAUUAUUCGGAUAGCUUGUGAUACCGCAAAGUUCUUUUGUAAAGAACCACCCAAUAAUAAACUGUACAUUUUAUAUACUGA